AUGGAGAUGAUGAACUUAAAGCCAUCAUUUGCUCGAAAGCUAAACCACCAAGGUUUGAGCCCACUUCACAUUGCAGUUAGAAAAGGGAAUAAAGAGAUGGCACUCCGCUUCUUGGAGAUCGAUAAACAUCUUGUUCGUGUCAGAGGAAAGAAAGGUAAGACUCCAUUGCACUACUUAUGUAAAGUUGGAAACCAGCUUGGUCUGUUGCAUACAUUUCUGGAAGCUUCUCCUUAUUGUCUCCAAGAUGUUACGAUUGAGAAUCGCACUGCUUUGCAUAUUGCAAUCCAAAACAAUAGACUGGACGUGCUUAAACUACUAUUAAAUUGCAAGGCUGAUAAGCAUGCUACCAAUGAAGUUGGUUUGACCGCACUGGGUGUUGCACAACAACAUAAUAACAGAGAAAACAUUGCUAUUCUGCAGGGCUGCUUUAUUCCAGUAGUUAAGUUGGAGAAACAAAUUGUCAUGUAUGUGACAAAAGUAUCACUACUAAUUUUUCGAAAUAUGGACGAUAUAUCAGCCGAUGACCGCAAUUCCUUGCUAGUAAUUUUAGGAGUACUGCUUCUAACUGCAACCUACCAAGCCAUUCUAAGCCCACCUGGUGGCGUUUGGCAAGGUGAAAACACCUCAAAGUCCAAAGGAUCAUUUGAUGAAUGGGUACUAGGGAAAUCAGUCAUGAAUCAAGCGUCUUUUCUUCUCUUCUAUAUUCCAACCUAUCUUGUGUUCCUCGUAACAUUAUUCCUAACACUAGGUCUGCUCAAAACUUUUCCCCAUGAGUUUAGGACUGCACUUCAAGUACUAUUAGCGUUUCUUGCAAACGUCCUUCGAUGA